AUGAAGGGAUUCUCCAUGAGCGCAGCAUCCAAAAACGGUUCCGCCAAAUCAAACGGCAGACCACAGCCUAAAUCGGGCUUAGGAAAGCGCCCCCGGAGCUCCUUCGCGCACAACGAUGAAGAUUCCGAGAACUCGGAUCAUGGCACAAGCGGGAGAAGAGGGAAACACGAGGUCGUUACAGGGUUUGCGGAUGGAGGUGUUAUCAGAGAGGGAGAUGAUAAGAAGGUGACGGCGCCGCUGGUCAUACCGAAGCAGGAGAAUAAGGAUUGGAAGGGAGAGGCUAGAGAUAGGAUGGGAAAGGGAGGAGCAGGAGGUGCGACGAGAGGCAGGAAUUUACUGCCGGAAGAGGAGCAAAAGAGGAGGGCUGGAGCAGAACAAGGGGGGAGUGCGGAUGUUGUUGAUGGGGAUGAUGGGGAGAUCAAGUGGGGAUUGACUGUGAAGAGUAAGGUCAAGGAGGAAAUGAAUGACGACGAGGGAACGAUUGAGCACAUGAUAAAGGUGGAAGAAGUGGAACAGAAGCCGAAAUUCAAAACAGAAGACGAACUGGCCGUUGAGGCAUUAAUGGGCGUGGAAUCGAAACGAAAUGGGCCAGAUUUGGUUAUUGUUUCUGUGAAUGGGAAUGGAAAUGGAAAUGAAUUGAUCACAGAAGAAGACGCGUAUAGGAAAGCCAUCGCAUCAGCACCGGAUAUUUCGACAUUAGAAGACUACGAGGCGGUACCAGUGGAAGAAUUCGGAGCGGCGUUAUUGAGAGGGAUGGGCUGGGAUGGCAAAGAAAGAAAAGGCGGCAGAAAGGAUGUUAAGAGGAGACAGAAUUUACUAGGCCUAGGAGCAAAAGAACUGAAAGAUGCAGAAGAAUUAGGGGCAUGGGUGCAGAAGACAGAUGCUAAAAGAUUACGACCUGGUGGUUCAUCACAUUCACAUAGAGGAGGCGAUAGGGAUAGGAAGAAGAUAGGUGAUUACGCCAGGGAGAGAGAUGAAAGAAAUCAUCGCAGAGACAGAGAUGAAGGUCGAAAUAGGGAAAGAGAUGGUGAUCGUGAUGGUGAUCAUGAUCGAAAUAGAUCAUAUCGGAGGGAUAGGGAUAGGGAUGAUUAUAGAGACCGCAAGAGAUGA